AUGAACACCUAUCUGAGGAGGGAGCUGGGCGGGGACCUUGUUCCCCGGGUUUUUGAGAGAGAGCUUGUUUUGACGCAGUGUUCAAGUGCCCUGAACUUAUCGAAUAGCGCAUGUUUCGCGGCCAGAGCGAACUUGUCGAGUGUAAGAUUUGUUGGUGAGAGCAAUUUCAAAGAGGAUCCGUACUUUGUGCUCCUGAGGUGGGCGUUUACCGUGGUCCACGCCAAGAGGAACCUGGGCUUCUUUAUCUGCAACAAGCAGCGGUGGAGUAUCUCCGUCCUAUAUCCUUACUCUUCAACCACUACUAAAAAUACUGCGCGCAUAAUAAGCGCGGAGGGCGGGAGGGGUGCUGUCAAUGAUAUCAUCCCCCUCGAUGCCGCUUCAAACACAAUAACAACAACAACAACGAUAACGACGACAAUGUCCUCCACCCCACACUCCGGGCAUCGCAUGAAAAUCUUGCCACAGAUUAGGGACUUACUCACCUUCCCUUUAAGGAAGUUACCUAUCUUGAACAACUACGGUGACUUGAUCCUCGUUCUCCGUGCACGAGCCACAGACCGAGAUAUCACAUUCCGUGGCGCCUUUAGCGAGCUCGGCCUUUCUCGUAUAGUUCGUUCCUCCUUCCCAGCAGCCAGGCCCUCAUCGGAGUUUGCCCAUGAACAGCUAUUCCCUGGGUUGCCUUAUCUUUCAUCAUCGAUCAAAGCUUAA